GUUUGUUUGGACAAGGAGAGUUCCUCAAACUGACGGCGAAACAUGCGGCAGCCCUUUAUACUCGCCCUCUGCCUGUUACCAUGGAUCCCAGCGUUCCUCUGCAGGGUAAGGACCGAGGGAGAGCUCUCAGUCAUGGAGGGUCAAUCCCUCACAGUCCCGUGUCAUUAUGACCCUCAGUAUGCCAUCUACGUGAAGUACUGGUGUCGGGGGAAGAUGAGGGAGUUCUGCACCAGUUUAGCUCGGACAGAUCAGGCCAAUCCAGCCGAGGGGGAAGUGAGCAUCUUCGACGACCCCGUCCAGCAGGUGUUCUCUGUGACCAUGAGCGGCCUGAAGGAGGGGGACUCCGGCUGGUACAUGUGUGGCGUGGAGGUAGGCGGCGCGUGGACCGCCGAUGUUGUCGCCUACACGUACAUCAAGGUCAUUCAUGGUAUGACAGUGGUGAACAACAGACUGAGUGGGGAAGAAGGGAGUAGUGUCACAGUUGAAUGUCAAUACAGUGAGAGAUACAGAGACAGCGAGAAGAAGUGGUGUCGGAGUGGAGACUGGAGCUCCUGUCUGCUGACUGGUUCUGAGGGGAGCUACGAAGACACUUCAGUGGCCAUCAGGGAUGACAGAACUAGGACUUUCACUAUAACCUUUAAGAAGCUGCAGAUGAGAGAUACUGGCUGGUACUGGUGCUCUGCAGGACAGCAGCAGAUGCUCGUGCAUGUGCUGGUCACACCAAGACCCACGACUAUGCCUGCGACAUCUCCACCUACACAGUCUGUUGCAUACCUGCCUCCACCCAAACCCAUCACUAAAGAGUCCUGGAGCGGUCAAAGUCACAUCAUGGAGUCUUUGCUGGUGUGUUUCUCUAUCAUGGUCCUCGUGGGCUUCGCCAUAUUCGUGAGAAAAUUGUGGAAACAACACAGGAAGGAUCCUAUGCUGAGACAAGUAAAAAUGAUAAAUGCAAGGCACAAUGAUUACUCAGGGGAUGUAGAUGACCAACAAAGCACUUCUGUUGUUUUCCUUAACAGGGAUUCCCAGGAUGUAAAUAUGUACUGAGCUUUGCCAGUGCAGUGUUUAUUGUUACUCUGUUUUGCUGAAUGUAAUUUUUGUGUCAGUUCACUGCAAACAGCACAUGCUUUAUUUCCACUGUCUUCUGUAUAUUACAUACCGGCACAUUCAAUGAUAUUUUUUAUGCCUGCUGUUCUUCAUGUGCAACUGGCAUAGGCUGGAGAACAAGUAUACUUGUUUUGUAAGUAUCAAAAUAUAAUCAUGUGGUGUUUUAUUUAAUUGUUCUGUCAGAAGCAGCACUGUUACUACCACUAUUUUCAUAAUUUUGGUUGGAAUUUGGGGACUUUAGCAUAUUGGUGAAGUGUACAUUGUAACUGAUAACUGAUUAUUUUUAACAAUAAGUUUUGAUUGGUUAUUUCUCCACUGGAUUUUAAUUCAUGUGAAAAAACCACUAUUUUUACAGGUUCAUUCUCCAUGAAGUUUCGUGGAAAGAAAUUAGCAAUUAGGUCCCAUUUAUAAGGGAAAUAGAGACAAUAGCCCCUUUUGCACAUGUACUGCAACCCGGAAUUUAUCUAGACUUUAGCCUGAGGAGCUGUAUAUGAGAACGCAAAUGAGAUUACGGAUCGCAUGGUGGAAAGGGCUGACCCCAAAACUGUCAAAUUGACAAAUUCAAGGACUGACUAUGUGACCGAGUUGUAAUGCGAGCCAAGACGCAGGUGAAACAAUAUUAUGAGAGCGAUGACAAAGAGAAUAGAAGCAAAACUCUGUGGUUCUUUUUGACAAUCACUGCUAGAUAGUGCCAUGGUAUUAAUAAAAAGUAAUUAGACUCGAAGGAAUGCAUGGUUUGUGCAUUUUCAUGGUUUUGUAUGGAGAGACACACUGAAGGCAGGAAAGAGGGAGAGUGGAUGACACACAACGUUUUCCAACUAAGUCAAUGAAAAAUGAUAAGAACAGAAGGCAUUUGGACAUAAUAUUGAUACUAUUCGACCGCAGCCAUGGUUCGCAAUCUCAACCGGGUGAGCUACCAGGGCGCCCCCUGCUUGUAUGAUUAUAUGUGAUUCUGUAUGACGUGGGACAUACGGUAUAAAGCUGAACUAAUGUGAUGUUCCUCUAAGUUUAUGGUUUGUCUGUGUCUAUGCAUACACGCUGUGCAAAUAUCUUCUCUCAUAUCAGUUUUGUAAUGUAAUAAACCUCAUUUCAAGGUU